UCUCUUCCGUCCUGCUUCCUCAGCCCUGGAGCUUUGCCGGGCCUGGGUGGGCGAGGACAGCGGCAGCACCGGCGGCGGCGACGAGAGUGACAGUGACUGCGUGAGACUCAGACGGAAAUGGCGAUGGCGAUGUCGGACAGUGGGGCGAGCCGCCUAAGGCGGCAGCUGGAAUCAGCGGGCUUUGAGGCACGGCUGUACGUGAAGCAGCUCUCGCAGCAGUCGGACGGGGACCGGGACCUGCAGGAGCACCGGCAGCGCAUCCAGGCGCUGGCGGAGGAGACAGCGCAGAACCUGAAGCGCAACGUCUACCAAAACUACCGGCAGUUCAUAGAGACGGCCCGCGAGAUCUCCUACCUGGAGAGCGAGAUGUAUCAGCUCAGCCAUCUGCUGACCGAGCAGAAGAGCAGCCUGGAGAGCAUCCCGCUUACCCUGCUGCCUGCUGCCGCCGCCGCCGGGGCUGCCGCGGCCUCUGGAGGAGAGGAGGGAGGAGGUGGCACGGGGGGCCGAGACCACCUCCGGGGCCAGGCUGGCCUUUUUCCCACGCCUGGGGGUGCCUCCCGCGACUGUGCGGGGCCGGGCGAGGAAGGAAAGCAGCGCACUCUCACCACCCUGCUGGAGAAGGUGGAAGGCUGCAGGCACCUGCUGGAGACGCCGGGACAGUACCUGGUGUACAACGGGGACCUGGUAGAAUACGAGGCGGACCACAUGGCCCAGCUGCAGCGGGUGCACGGCUUUCUCAUGAACGACUGUUUGCUGGUGGCCACCUGGCUGCCGCAGCGACGGGGGAUGUAUCGCUACAACGCCCUCUAUCCUCUAGACGGUUUGGCCGUGGUCAAUGUGAAAGACAACCCGCCCAUGAAGGACAUGUUCAAGCUGCUAAUGUUUCCCGAGAGCCGAAUUUUUCAGGCGGAAAAUGCUAAAAUCAAACGAGAGUGGCUGGAAGUGCUGGAGGAAACCAAGAGGGCCCUCAGUGAGAAAAGACGAAGAGAACAAGAGGAGGCAGCGGCCCCUCGAGGGCCGCCCCAGGUGACAGCCAAGGCCAGUAACCCAUUUGAGGAUGAAGAGGAUGAGCCUGCCGUUCCUGAGGUAGAAGAAGAGAAGGUGGACCUCUCGAUGGAGUGGAUCCAGGAGUUGCCGGAAGACCUGGAUGUCUGCAUUGCCCAGAGGGACUUUGAGGGGGCGGUGGACCUGCUAGAUAAACUGAACCAUUACCUCGAAGAUAAGCCCAGCCCCCCUCCUGUAAAGGAACUGAGGGCCAGAGUGGAUGAGCGUGUGCGACAGCUCACCGAAGUGCUGGUGUUUGAACUCUCCCCAGAUCGGUCCCUGAGGGGAGGUCCCAAGGCCACUCGUAGGGCGGUUUGCCAGCUCAUCCGGCUGGGCCAGUGCACGAAGGCUUGUGAGCUGUUUCUGAGAAACAGGGCGGCGGCGGUGCACACAGCCAUACGGCAGCUUCGCAUUGAAGGCGCCACGCUGCUCUACAUCCACAAGCUGUGCCAUGUCUUCUUUACCAGCCUUCUUGAGACUGCGCGGGAAUUUGAGACGGAUUUUGCAGGCACUGACAGUGGCUGCUACUCGGCCUUUGUGGUCUGGGCAAGGUCAGCCAUGGGCAUGUUUGUGGAUGCUUUUAGCAAGCAGGUGUUUGAUAGCAAGGAGAGCCUUUCCACCGCGGCUGAGUGUGUGAAGGUGGCGAAGGAGCACUGCCAGCAACUGGGUGACAUUGGACUAGACCUCACCUUCAUCAUCCACACCCUUCUGGUGAAAGACAUCCAAGGCGCCUUGCACAGUUACAAAGAGAUCAUAAUCGAAGCCACUAAACAUCGCAACUCCGAGGAGUUGUGGAGAAGGAUGAACUUGAUGACCCCAGAGGCCCUGGGCAAACUCAAAGAGGAGAUGAAGAGCUGCGGGGUGGGCAACUUUGAGCAGUACACAGGGGACGGCUGCUGGGUGAACCUCAGCUAUACCGUGGUCGCCUUCACCAAGCAGACAAUGGGCUUCCUGGAGGAGGCGCUGAAGCUGUACUUCCCCGAGUUGCACAUGGUGCUUUUGGAGAGCCUGGUGGAAAUCAUCUUGGUCGCUGUUCAGCAUGUGGAUUACAGUCUCCGGUGUGAGCAGGAGCCAGAGAAGAAGGCUUUCAUCAGACAGAACGCAUCCUUUCUGUACGAAACAGUCCUCCCCGUGGUGGAGAAAAGGUUUGAGGAAGGUGUGGGGAAACCCGCCAAGCAGCUCCAGGACCUGAGGAAUGCUUCUAGACUCAUUCGCGUGAACCCCGAGAGCACAACGUCAGUGGUCUGACGCUAGGCCUGUUGAUGUAGCUGUUGCUGCAGAAGUGGCUUUGGUGGACCAGUGUGGGAGAUGCUGAAAGACCACCAUAUUAGAAUGUGCAAUUGACUGGCUUCCUCCUAGUGGGGUAAGAGCUUUUCUCUAACUCCUUUCAUUGGACUCCAAAGCAAGUUCUAAUAAUGAACGCACUUAGAGAUUAUCCAGAAUGUAGCACAUACUGUAAUAUACCCCCAAAGGGUUGGUUGCCCUUUCUUGCUGGCCACACACUUAGCACUGUCCCUUGAGCUUGGAAUCACAGACUUGACCGAAUUCAUUACUGUUGAAAAAAGACACCCUGUGGAAUUAAGUCUCUUUUUGAUUAAAGCCUCAUUUCACUGAAGUGCUGAAAACCCACUUAUUU